AUGCACUUGGUGUACCCGGAGGUGAAUCCCAACCCGCUGCUGCACUCGAACUUCUGCUCCCGCCUGUUUCUCUGGUGGCUUAAUCCCUUUUUCCUGUUUGGUCACAAAUGGAGAUUGAAAGAAAAUGAAAUACACUCAGUGCUUCCAAAAGAUUGCUCCCAGCACGUUGGAGAAGAGCUGCAAGGGUACUGGGAGCAAGAAGUUGAGAGAGCUAAGGAAAAUGGACAGAAGCCUUCUUUAAAGAAAGCAAUCAUAAAGUGUUACUGGAAAUCCUAUUUGUUAUCUGCCAUUUUUGUAUUUUCUGAGGAAUGCACCAGAGUAGUUCUGCCCUUACUUUUGGGGAAAAUAAUUAGUUACUUUGAAGACCCCAAAGUUUCUGAUGCUUUGUAUGAAGCCUACAUCUGUGCUGCAGUGCUGAGCGCCUGUGUGCUCCUGUGGGCCAUUCUGCACCACUUGUGCUUCGAUUAUUUUCAGCGUGUGGGGAUGAGGCUUAGAGUGGCCAUGUCCCAUAUGAUCUACUGCAAGGCACUUCACCUGAGUAACUUGUCCAUGAGGAAGACCACCACAGGUCAGAUAGUCAACCUGCUGUCCAACGAUGUGAAAAGAUUUGAUCAGGUAAUGACGUUUUUGCACUACCUGUGGGUGGGGCCGCUACAGGCUAUUGCAGUGACGGCCCUGCUCUGUAUGGAAAUAGGAAUAUCAUGUCUUGUUGGGAUGGCAGUUCUCAUUAUUCUUCUGCUGGUGCAAAGCUGCUUUGGGAAAUUGUUUUCAUCACUCCGGAGUAAGACUGCAGCUCUCACAGACGACAGGAUCAAGACCAUGAGUGAAGUCAUAACUGGCAUCAGAACAAUAAAAACGUAUGCUUGGGAAAAGUCAUUUAUAGACCUUAUUACCAGAUUGAGAAGGAAUGAAAUUUCCAAGAUUCUGAAAAGUUCCUACCUUAGAGGAAUGAAUUUGGCAAUUUUUUUUGCUGCCAGCAAAAUCAUGAUUUUUAUCACCUUCAUCAUCGCUGUUGUCCUUGACAACCGGAUUACAGCCAGCCGAGUGUUUCUGGUGGUGAUGCUGUUCGAGACUGUGAGGUUUACAGGCACCCUCUACUUCCCCAUGGCCAUCGAGAAGGUGUCAGAGACCGUUGUCAGCAUCAAAAGAAUCAAGAACUUUCUGUUACUCGAAGAGAUACCACAACAUGACCAUCAGCUGCUGCCAUCAGAUGGUGAAACAAUUGUGGACGUGCAAGAUUUAACUGCUUUUUGGGAUGAGGAAUCAGGAACCCCAGUCCUACGAGGCCUUUCCUUUACUGUCAGGCCCAGUGAACUGUUAGCUGUGGUCGGACCUGUGGGUGCAGGAAAGUCAUCACUGUUAAGCGCUUUGCUGGGGGAGCUGCCCCUGAGACAGGGGAAUGUCAACAUCCACGGGAGGAUCGCGUAUGUUUCUCAGCAGCCCUGGGUGUUUCCAGGAACUGUGAGGAGUAACAUUUUAUUUGGGAAGAAAUAUGAAGAAGACCGAUAUAAAGAAGUAAUAAAGGCAUGUGCUUUGGAAAAGAAUUUGCAGAAUUUGAAGGAAGGAGAUCAAACUGUGAUAGGAGAUGGAGGAACCCCGCUGAGUGAAGGACAGAAAGCCCGGGUCAGCCUCGCCAGAGCCGUGUAUCAGGACGCAGACAUCUACCUCCUGGAUGAUCCGCUCAGCGCAGUGGACGUAGAAGUCAGCAGGCACUUGUUCGAACAGUGUAUUUGCCAAGCUUUGAAAGAUAAGAUCACAAUUUUAGUGACUCAUCAGUUGCAGUACCUAAAAGCUGCAAGCAACACUCUGAUAUUGGAAAAUGGUGAAAUGGGGCAAAAGGGGCCUUACACUGAGUUCCUAAAAUCCAGAAUAGAUUCUGGUUCCCUUUCAAAGAAGACUGAGGAGUCUGAACCAUCUUCCAAGUCUCCAGACCAGCCUCAAGAGUCUUCCACACCCUCAGUGAAAGAUGCGGCCCCAGAGGACCAUGAUACUGAGGAUAUACUGGUUAAACUACCCCUAGAGGACCAUUCAAAGGGACAAGUUGGUUGCAAGACCUACAAGAAUUACUUCACAGCCAGUGCUCACUGGUUUAUCAUCAUUUUCCUUAUUCUAGUGAACAUUGCAGCUCAGGUCGCCUACGCCCUGCAGGACUGGUGGCUUCAAGACUGGGCGGAUGAACAUGACGUCAGUGUUAAUAGAAAUGAAACGACGAUUGAUCUGAACUGGUACAUAGCAGUUUAUUCAGGUUUAAAUGUAUUUACCAUCCUUUUCGGCAUCACAAGAUCACUGUUGUUAUUCCACAUCCUUGUUAAUUCUUCACAAACUUUGCACAGCAAAAUGGUAGAGUCCAUUUUGAGAUCUCUGGUAUUGUUCUUCGAUAGAAACUCAAUAGGAAGAAUUUUAAAUCGUUUCUGCAAAGACAUCGGGCGUAUGGAUGACUUACUGCCCCUGACAUUUCAAGAUUUAAUUCAGACGUUUCUACUUGUGAUUGGCAUGGUGAUUGUGAUGGUGGCUAUGAUUCCUUGGACUGCGAUACCCCUGGCUGUCCUUGGCAUUGUUUUUUUCCUGCUUCAGCUCUAUUUCCUAAAUACAUCAGGAGAUGUCAAACGCCUGGAAUGUGCAAAACAAAGCCCAAUAUUUUCCCACUUAGCAUCUUCUCUCCAGGGACUCCGGACCAUCCGGGCCUACAAAGCCGAACAAAAGUUUCAGAAACUGUUUGAGACGUGCCAGGACUUGCACUCAGAGAGCUGGUUCAUGCUUUUGACCAUGUCCCAAUAUUUUGCCAUGUGGCUGGAUAUUGUCUGUGCCUUCUUGGUCAUCGUUGUUGCCUUUGGGGCCCUGCUUCUGGAAGAACCUUGGACUCCUGGGCAGGUUGGCCUGGUACUCUCUCUUGCCCUCACACUCAUGAGGAUGUUCCAGUGGUGUGUCAGGCAAAGCACCGAAGUGGAAAACAUGAUGAUGUCAACAGAAAGGGUUAUUGAAUAUACAGAGCUUGAGAAAGAAGCGCCCUGGGAACUUGACUUCCGUCCACCAGCAUACUGGCCCGACAAUGGGGUGGUUGCCUUUAACAAUGUGAAUUUCAAGUACAGCCCAGACGGGCCUCUGGUAUUGAAUGACCUGACAGUAAGCACUGAACCAAAAAAAAAGGUUUGCAUCGUGGGAAAAACAGGAGCUGGAAAAAGUUCCCUCAUUGCUGCCCUUUUCAGAUUCUCAGACUUCCAAGGUACAAUUUCGAUUGAUAAAAUUUUGACAACCAGUAUUGGACUUCACGAUUUAAGGAAGAAAAUGUCAGUUGUAUCUCAGGAACCAGUUUUAUUCAUUGGAACAAUGAAGACAAAUCUGGAUCCUUUUGAUGAGCAUAAGGAGGAGGAUCUAUGGAAUGCCUUAGAAGAGGUACAACUUAAAGAAACCAUCCAAGGUCUUCCUGGUAAAAUGGAUACUGAAUUAGCAGAAUUAGGAUCAAACUUGAGUGUUGGACAGAGACAACUAUUGUGCCUUGCCAGGGCUUUUCUCAAGAAAAAUCGGAUACUGAUUAUUGAUGAAGCCACAUCAAACGUGGAUCCAAGAACUGAUGAGUUAAUACAAAAAACAAUCCAUGAGACAUUUGUUCAAUGCUCUGUGCUAACCAUCACAAACAGACUGAGCAACGUUGUUGACAGUGACAAGAUAAUGGUCUUGGAUUCAGGGAAACUGGAAGAAUAUGAUAAGCCACAUGUUUUGCUACUCAAUAAAAACAGCGUAUUUUACAAGAUGGUACAACAACUGGGCGAGGCCGAGGCUGUUGCUCUCACUGAAAUAGCAAAACGGGUGUACUUCAAAAGAAAAUAGCCAGGUAGCACUCACAGUGACAAGGUGAUUAUGAAGGCUUUCAAUGGACAGUCCUCAGACUUAAUUUCAGAGUCAGCAUUGCAAUUCUACCAUACAGUCACGUCUGUUCUGAAGGCAUUUAUCCAAUAGUUUUUGCACUGCAUGAGCUUUAUUAUAUUUUCCUUAUACAAGCAAUAAAUAUUUACAGAUACAAAAUCUUAAUUUGAUUCCAAGCUCUUGCAAAAGGAUUUUUAUUUGUAUAUGAUACUAUUUUUUUUUUCUUAUCCAAAUCAGUGAUGUAGGCCACCAGUAAAAGCUGUCUACCAGGUUUUGUGUCUUGAGAGACUCCAGAGCCAGAGCUCAUUCUCUAAGGUACAAAUUGAAGUCAUCACAGAUGUUUUUUGCUUCUACCCAAAUUAUAUACUGCUGUCCAAUUAUAUUAGACAGGAUUCUAUUUAUUUGAAGACUAUGUCAAGUUGCCUUUUUGUCUCACCACUUCUUUUAACAGAACUGGGUUCCAUUAUCCUACCCAAAGACUUCUGGUUAAAACAGUACAGAGAAAAUGGGAAAAACAAAAAAUAUAGAUUAGUUUAAGUGACAUUAUAUGAGAGCAGGGCAUCCUUCCUCCAGAAAAAAAAAAUACAGAAGGACAACAUUAUAUAUUUUAAAAGAGAAGGGAGAGAAAAUAUACUUUUUGAAAAUAGGAGCCCUUCUAGGUGAUUUGGUAAACAAGAAGAUAUAUGAUCAGUUAUCUUCUAGAUUGAGGAUUUUGUUUUUACAUUUUUUUAUCAUGAAAUAUAUACAACAAAAUUUGCCACAUAACUGUUUUUAAAGAUACAGUUGUAGUGGCACUAAUCAUAUUCAGUAUGCUGUGCAACCAUCAAUGUCUGGUUAAUUUCUGGUAAUUUUAGGACUAUUCAGUUUGUUAUUUCUACGGAAUCAAUUUUGGUUAAGUUUCAUUUCUCUAGGAGUGAAUCUGUUUCUGUGAAUUUUAAGUUUAAUUAGCAUAAGGUUAUUCACAAUAUCUUAUAUGUUUAAUUUC